AGAUAAUGGCAUUUGAAAAGAUGGAUAGAACAAAACGAUAAGGUUGUGCGUUAAUGUGUUGUCUGUGGGAGCUGUUGUAGCAGUAGCCUUAAACCAGUGUUUUAGGAGUCUUUACAUCUGACAGAUAGAAAUAAAAUUCCACUUCACCUGUAGGCUUGUUCUUUUAACAGCCUACAUUACCUUUUGUAUCCACCCUCCUGGACCCCAUCACUGGGAUCUGGGCACUUGUGCAGCAAAAUGGACUGACAUUGUACAUCCCUGCAGUGUAUUGAACCUGUGCUUUCAGCAUCGUUUUUCACAUGUGACCCUCCAGCUUCAAAGGCUGUUCUUGAAGGUGCUCUGCAAGAAAUGAAAGGAAGCCGUGACUAAUUGGAAAAGUAGAGGAUUGAAAAAUCAAGAUCAUAGGUCUAGUUUUCCUGAUAGUUUACGCUAUAACGCUGGAAGAGCCAUUCAAACACUGAGCUGUCAAGUGGGCAAGAAAGUUCACUAGUGAUUUUGCAGAUAGCGUGGUUGACGGGAUAUUUAGAGAUCAUUUGCAGAAAUGCUCCAUAGAUGCAGAGUGUGCAUUUCUGGGCAAUGCUGGGCAACUCUGCCAUGUAAUUUGUACUUAAGCAACUACCUUUCUAAAAAAAACCCAAACCAGCAAACCAAACAAAAAAACCUUCUAAAAUUGUGAAGAUUGGAUGGGAAAGGUGCAUGCAGCACAUAAUGACUGAUGCAGACGCUGACAGAUCAUAACUGGUUAAUCGUCAGCAAUUGUUUAUGCCUCCAUAUCUCACAUUAGAAAACAGUGCUAGGACAGGUAUUCCUAGUCCUUUUCUGACCUGGAGGCACAUCUGGAACAUCUGUUGGUAUUAAUGUCACGCACACUGUCAGGAUGCACUGGUGGUGUAGGUGGGAUGCCCUCCUGUCUUUCCUCCUUUGCUUACUCUCAUUCAUUUUGCAGCAAGAAAACAUUGUCUGCUCUUCUGUGCUGGGCAUGAAGGAAAGUUAGAGAUAGCAUAGGAGUUGCUAGCUUAGAAUAAUGGUCCAAAUCCCAGUAAACAGGCAUUGACAUGUGGAAAUAUGUGGAAAUUCGGCAUUAUAGAAGGCCUCAGAGUCUCAUUGAACUUAAUGAGCUUAAUAAAAUUCCCGUACUGUAUAGCAGUCUCGUGCAUCUUUCUGCAUGUGCGUAAUUAAUGACAAAAGAGAGUUGAGAAUUAAACCCUAUCUAGAUGACAUGUAGUGUGGAAUAUGUGACAGAAAUUGCUCACUCUUGCAUAUUUUAAAACUUUCAUUGCUUGAUUUUUUGAAAUACAGUUGCCAUUUUUCUUAACAAGGCUGCAGUAUGGUUCCCAAUUAUUUUCCUUAGUUUUCUUAAAAAUAUCAUCAGCUAUGAAAAAAUAGAUUGGCUAUCACAUUUCUUUAAAAAACAAAUCCAAUAAUAAGAGAUGUUUUCUCAUUGUGUGCCUGUGACAUUCUUUUUGGGUAGGAUUUCAGAUACAUACAGAUAAAGAGGAGACCUGUUAGAGCGUAGCUAAGAGACAUUUUUGGCACUAAGCUAAAAAUGAGAUGUGCCACAUUAAUAUACGCAAAAUAGUAAUUUGGGUACUAAUGACAUUUUUAUGUAAUAAACUAUUGUUAUAAAUUGAAUAGCAUUUAUUGUGUCACACAAUAAAUGCUAUGUCAAACAGACACUCUUAUAAUUUUAAUUUAGGUAGUAUGAACACAGUUUAUAUGUUCAAAUAAAAAUGUACGUGCCUUUUUACUCCAAGGAAUACUCUCUGAAUGGCUUCUUGGUUUAAAGGUUUCAUGAACAUACCUGUAGUGUUUAGCAGAUCUGACUUAUGUUUAAAGGCAUGCACGUUUCUGUCUUUUACCUCUGGAUCUGAAUUUCUAACUUGGCUUAUUUUGGGUGUGAUGCUCAUAUAUUAGUGGUUUCCGAGUUGAGCUAUGUGAGGGGAAAUAUACCAAUCAUUCCAUUAAUAUGUUGAAGGAAAUUUGCAUUUAAAGUUUUCUCUAAGUCUGAGUUAAGUCCUACUGCUUUCAUUGUUCCUUCUGACUACAAAUGCUUUAAGAGAGUGUGGAAUAGAGUCUUUCUGACAUUGCUGUUCUUUACUGAUGUUUGAGGAGUUGCCUAAAUGAUUUGGUUGUAGUAGCUGAAUGGACAGUAGAUUUAACUGCCUAAGUUUUUCCAGAAUAGUGCUCAAACUGCUUAUUCAGCUGUUUACAAAAAAAAUGGUUGUCAUUCCUCUAAAUUCAGCCAAAAUACAUUAAUCUUGGCAGCUGCUUGAAUAUUACACGUUCAUUUGAAGCUUACAUCAAGAAGAUGUAAAAUGCAUGAAUAUAGCCAGCUGAGUUGCAAUGUGUUCAUUUUGCUUUUUAGUUAGGCAGAAACAUCUUUGUAGUGAAUUGAAAAGAGCACUACUUACUGUGCCACUCUUGGACUGUGAAUUAUAAUUUUAAAGCAGGCAAGCAGUGGAAUGCAUACAAAUGUCUUUGCGGCCAGUGAUGGACUCGAGGCUCCUAAUGUACUAGAACUAACAGUAUUGAUCAAAGAGCAACCACAUGUUCAGAACAUGUAUAUAAAAAGGAAUAAGGGAAUAAGUUCAGGAAAACCUUUAUGCUAAAAGUUUACAUGUACAGCAGAACUUCAGUCCGUCAAAAUUGGACUCAGAAGACUCCUCUGCUUGAUUGUAUUGAUCUUUAUGCAGAAAGAGCCACAGCAACAACCUGAAGAACACCAGCUGCGCUGUACUGGCAUCUCAGCAGAUCGAUAGAUGUGUCCUUGUUUGGCUUGAAACAGGUUGUCUGCAAAAGCUACGAAUGUGGUGGAGGCUGGACUGCAGCUCCUGCAUGGGUGAGGGGACUGCCAGGGGUGCAGCCUCUCUGUGCAUAACCCCUCAUUCCUCCCCAGGCUCCUCUACCUCUGCUCCUUCUUUACUGGUUAUGCCUGCUGGUGCAAACCUGCCCUCAGAGCAAGCUGGGACACUUCAGAUUGAUUGCCUCAAAGAAAGAAGGAGGUGGUGGUGAUGCUUACGGUGGCAAGAAGCACAGGAACCCGAGAACGGGGUGAAAGAUAAGUGAUCUCUAGAAGUGUGAUAAACAAAACCAGCUGUUAUAAAACAGGCUUUAAUAACAAUAAGAGUGAUGAGACAAGAGAGAAGUUUUUAAAAACAGAAAAAUGUGAUUGCAAAACCGUCAUUGUUCGCAGGACACAGUGGAUUCAGAUAUAACUGUAGGUGCUGCUUGUAUGAAAGAGCUGAGCCACAUCAUCCAGUAAACUGUCUAGAGCAGCAGUUAGCUUGCUUGGAAAUCACUUCCAGGACUGUGUUGUAUGGUUGGAGAACCUCAGUAGGCUGUGAACGGCGAGGAAUUUGGUCAGCUGUAUCUGUUUCUGUGAUGAGUUGCUAUCAACUGAGUUGCCAUAAAAUUACCCUACAAAGCUUUGGAGGGCCACUUCUUAAUGGAUUGCUGCAGCCUCUUAAUUUCUCCAUUGAUCCCGUUCCCUGCAUCGUGAGAACAUUUUAACCAGCACAGAACCUAGAAAAGUUACAUGGUGUGAACGGCAUGUCUGUGGAUGAGAAGAGUGACUCCCCCAUGUAUGUGUAUGAGUCAACGGUGCACUGUACCAAUAUUCUCCUCUGCUUAAAUGACCAGCGGAAGCAGGACAUUCUCUGUGACGUGACGCUGAUCGUGGAGGGAAAGGAGUUCCGCGCCCACCGGGCUGUGCUGGCUGCCUGCAGCGAGUACUUCUUGCAGGCUUUGGUCGGGCAGACGGAAAAUGACCUGGUGGUCAACCUGCCGGAAGAGGUCACUGUCAGGGGAUUUGGUCCAUUGUUACAGUUUGCCUACACUGCUAAGCUGUUACUCAGCAGAGAAAACAUCCAGGAGGUCAUCCACUGCGCGGAAUUCUUGCGCAUGCACAACCUGGAGGACUCCUGUUUCAGCUUCCUUCAGACACAACUGCUGAACAAUGAAGAUGGCCUGUUCCUGUGCAAAAAGGAUACCACCUGUCAGCGCAUGCACGAUGAGGAGAACUCAGAUGGAGAUGAGGAGGAGACAAUGGAAUCAGAGACGUCAAAAAUAUCUUGCCCAAGAGAGAGGAUGCACCAAGAGCCCUUCAAUUUUGAAACCACUAUUGCUGGAGCAGAAAAAGGCGAAGGGAUGCUGCCUGACUCUGACAUGCUGAGAGAGAGCAAGGACAAUUUGGACAAAGAUGCAGUAACACGGUACCCUAGAUACAAGAAAUACCAGCUUGCUUGUACCAAGAAUGUCUACAACACAUCACACAUUAGUACCUCAGGUUUUGCAAGCACAUUCAGUGAAGAGAGCUCUGGAAAUGGCCUCAAAUCAGGACUUGCUAUGGGGCAGAUAAAAAGCGAGCCACAGAAUGAAGAGAACGAUGAAGAAAGCAUCACACUUUGCCUGUCUGGAGAUGAACCUGACAUCAGGGAUAAAGAAGGGGAUGUGGAAAUGGACAGGAAACAGCCAAGCCCCACUUGCAUUGACAGGCCAAAAAGUGGGUCCUCUCCUUGCUUGCGGUCUUUCUUCAACAGAACAAAAAGCAUAGAUUUGGUUGGCUUCCCCAGCACUUCCCAACAGCACUUUGGCAGGAGUCCAGCAUGCCCUUUUGAAAAAGGGUCAACUCAGGGUGACCACAAAACUGAUUAUGUCCCUUUCACAGGGAACUAUGGACAGUCCCAUGCCAUGCAGAAGGAUGCUUCCAACUUCACAGUGGGAUCGCCACUCAGGGCGCCUGGCUUUGAAACUCUCUGUAAGCAAGAAGGGGAACUGGACAGGAGGAGUGUUAUAUUCUCUUCAAACGCUUGUGACCAAGUAAACACUUCGGUGCAUUCAUAUUCUGGUGUGAGCAGCUUGGACAAAGACCUCACAGAGACUGUGCCAAAGGGUCUGUGGGCUGGCAGUAGCCAGUCUCUCCCCAGCUCUCAGUCCUAUUCGCACAGUGGACUGACAGCUGAUCACUUGCCGGGAAGGAUGCGACCGAACACCAGCUGUCCAGUGCCAAUUAAAGUUUGCCCUCGCUCUCCUCCUUUGGAAACCAGAACCAGGACCUCCAGCUCGUGCUCUUCCUACUCGUAUGCAGAGGACGGCAGCGGUGGCUCUCCCUGCAGUCUGCGUCUUUGUGAGCUCUCCUCUUCCCCUUGCUCCCAAGGCCCCCGAUUCCUGGCACCUGAGCACCAGGAGCCUGGUGUGGUGGGAGAUGGAUUGUACAACCCAGUCCGAGCCCAGAUUAAAUGUGAGCCAUCCUAUGGAACAAACUCCAGCGAUGAGUCUGGGUCAUUCUCAGAAGCAGACAGUGAAUCAUGUCCUGUGCAAGACAGAGGGCAUGAGGUGAAACUUCCUUUUCCUGUAGAUCAAAUCACAGAUCUUCCAAGGAAUGAUUUCCAGAUGAUGAUAAAGAUGCACAAGCUAACCUCAGAGCAGCUUGAGUUCAUCCAUGAUGUCCGCCGGCGCAGCAAGAACCGAAUCGCAGCUCAGCGCUGCCGCAAGAGGAAACUGGACUGUAUUCAGAACCUAGAAUGUGAAAUCCGCAAGUUGGUGUGUGAGAAAGAGAAAUUGCUCUCAGAAAGGAACCAGCUGAAAGCAAGCAUGGGAGAAUUGUUAGACAACUUCUCGUGUCUUUCUCAAGAAGUUUGCAGAGACAUGCAGAGCCCGGAACAGAUCCAAGCUCUCCACAGAUACUGCCCCGUUCUCAGACCCAUGGAUCUACAGCCAGCCACCACCAUCAGUCCCUCCCCAGCUGGUGUGGAGCAGAGCCUGGUGACCUCCCAGUGUGUUGGGGAAAGCAUGCAGUGCUGCUCAGAGCGAGGUUCAGUGCAACUGGGAGCACCCUGGCUGCCCAACAAUGUCUCAGAAAAUUGUUCGGCCGCAGGGGGAUUGGAUGGAGCCGACACAGGUACUUACCCCGAGAGAGAGCUUCCACCAGAACAGAGCAGCCAAACAGUCACGGUAGACUUCUGUCAGGAAAUGACUGAUAAAUGUACAACAGAUGAACAACCUAGGAAAGAUUACACCUAGUGACUUGUAACCUUAACAUUACACCUGGUCAGGUGUUCUUCAGUCAGCCAGUGGCAGCGUUCAUUUGUUGUCUAGAAGAACGUUAUUUGGUGCACACUACAGUGGUCUUAGCAGCAAUACUGUUUUUAAGUAUUCCCUCCUCUCUACAAGCAGGAGUUCUCUUCACAAUGGUGCUAUCCCUUGCUCAGGCAGGGAACGAAGCAGUGGCAACACUGUCUGUUUUUGUAUGUUGAUUUCAAUCUUAACAGGGAUGGACAUAACACCUCUGAGGACCCAACCACAGCUUUUUUCUCAGUGGCCCAUGUCACAAAACCCUAACUCAGGAAUUUCCUCUGAAUGUUCAAUUUUUCAUUGAAGACAGCUUCUUUACACAUCAAAGUUUUAUAGCUAAACUGUACAUAUUAUAUAUAAUAUAUAUAAAAAAUAUAUAUCCAUAUGCAAAAGUCCCUGCAUGCCUCAAUUUUUCUCAUCCUACAAACUGGAAGCUUUCAUUUCUAUUGUAUAAACAAGUUCCAACAUUCCUUUUUGUCUUCGAUGCUAGAACUAGUUUGGUAACUUGUUACACAAUAUUUUUUUUUUUCUUGGUUCGCAGUUCAGCAAUAUCAUUCGAUUUGUACUUAUUUAUAAAAUUUUAACGUUGGAAACUUAUUUGAGAUUUUAUUAUAGACAGUUUUUUUGGCACAGCCAUUUUGUGCCACUUGAGCAAUGUGGAGUUAUUUUAUUUUAUUGCAGAUACUGUACAGUAAUGGUCAACUUUGCCACUUGCACUGAGUUUCUGGUCAAACCUCUUUUCAUAAAUGAAGUCAUGACUUCAGUAUAACUUGAGUAUAUGGUUUUCUUUGCUUUAUGGCUUAAAGAAAAUAGAAAAGUUUUAGCUAAUAGACAAACACUCAGGAGCUCAUUAUGUAGUAAAAACGGUCUUGCCAAAUACUGAAUUCACUAUACAAUUUGUAAAGAGAAUCUGCUUGAAUUAUUUUUAUAUUCAGACUUCUUUCUGUUUCACAAACCAAUUUUAAGUGCUGUUAAUGAUGCUUAUGGAUUCUUAUAGGGGAAAGUAUAUUUCACUCUUUAGAAAAAAAGUGUUUGACAACUGGAUCACUUCAUCAUACGUUCCACGAAGUUAAGCAAACGGAGAUCACAUUGAUACACUUGGGGGGCUUUUUCUCCAGCCCCGCUCUGCAUCCUUUACUCAUGGAAGCAACUGCUGCUCCGGCUAGUCCCCAGAACCUCACCUCAUCUGUCCUCAGACAUUACCUGUUUUCCUCACCAGACCUGAGUUGCAGAGAUGGGUCUGGUGAGGUCAGUGAUCCUGCCAGGGUAGGCAGAGUUGCAGGAUCAGAUCCUUAGUUGUUGACUUUGGUUUCCUUACAGAAGACAAGUUAGCACUGUAUCCUCUAAGAGCAAAACAUACAUCUGCCAACACACGAUUUGGCUGAUUAUCCAUCAGAUUCUUGUGUUCCAGGAUCCUCUCGUCCUGCAGCAUUGCCCUCAGCACAAAUCGCAGCUAAAAGAGUGCUGUCUCAAAGGAGACUACUCAGUGAAUUGGCUUAGUUGUAACUGUAUUGGAUUUGUAUCUUAAGCAAUGUUGACUCAUGUUAUGACUGUAUGAGACAGCAGCUUUCCAAGCAUAACAUCUGUAUGUACAGUGUAGACAGAAAAAAGUCUCCUAAUGCUUUUUUAAUAAUUAUUAUUAUUAUUCUAAGUGUACUGAGUUUUUAUUUUGUGGUUCUUUGCCCUAUGUGUGCCAGGUUGCGUGGCUUUAUCGACAACAACUGUCGUGUGCUUUACUGGCUGAUAUUGUUUGUUCUCACUGAAAGAAAAUGACCAGCUGUUCACACCUAUUUAUAUUAAAAAAAAAGAAGUGGGGGAAAGCAGCUUCUCAGAAGCACUGAUAGUGUGGUCUUCUGCACUAACGUUUACACUAGAGGUGUGCGCUGGUGCUUUUUUGAGGCACUCAGUAGAUCAGCAUCUUGACCCUGGAGGAGGAAUCAGCUCCCUCUCUCCACUUCUUCCAUCUUCAGACUGUGCUCAUGGACCGUCACCCACUAGCCACAAAGUCUUGCUUUUACCCUCUUCACCCAAACUAUUGUAGCCAAGCUACCGAGGAGGAAAUGCAUAUAGCAUGUGCCAUGUUUGUUGAACAUACUUUUUUUCCCCGCAUGUACAAAGAGAAACUAGUAUAUAAUGUAGGAGAAUAUUUAUGUUUAAGUAUUAAUCGUUACUGUACAAAAUCCUUACCUUUAAAUGUUCAAAAAUAUACAAAUGCCAUAAACUCCUAGUUCACAUGGUUGAAAAAGGGGGAGGAGUUGUCCUUUCUUUUUAAAAGAGCUUAACUGAAAAGUAACUGAACCCCCUCCUAGCCAUCUUUUGCAGGUAAAUGACUGAGAAGCUCUUUGGCAGGAGGGGAAUUUGAUUUUCCUUUGAAUUCAUUGACGUUGCAAAGCAGUUUUGUGCUUCGCAGAGAAGUUUUGUUUCUAUGAGACCAUGGUGAAAGCUAGAAUUUAAAACUAAAUGUGAAUCACAUUAUAGAGUCAUAGCUACUUGCGGGAGGGGGCUGGGGGGGUGGGAGGGAAGGGUCAACUGACGCAGUAUUUUAAAGAUGUUUUUCUGUUGCCUUUUUUUAUUUUUAAGUGACCUCCUAUAUAUAUGAAUAGAUAGAAUGUUUUAUGAGUAUAAAAACAAGUUUUAACUUGCUUCCUGACAUGAAGAUUUACUCUACUAACAACUCAUGUGCAACUGGUACUCUUGACCUCAUUCCAACGGUUUAAAAAACCCACCCACACAACCCAUUGCGCUGCAGCUCUUAGGUUUGACCUGGCUUCAUACUGGUGCUGGGUCUCUUGAUUUCCUCUACCUUGGGAACUGAUAUAUAAAACCACUGCUCAAAUAAGUGUCUCUUCCUCAACCUUUCUCUCCUUUCUCUCUUUCUCUCUCUCUUUUCCUCCCCUGCUAGCUUUUCUGGAUGUUUGGUUUCAUUCUUUCCAAUUAGAAGUGGCUGGUUUUGUGUCAUUGCUUCCUAUAUUUACAUGUAUUAUGGUUUUUCAGUGGGGUUUUUUUGGUGGUAGUGGUGGUUGUUUUUUGUUUCUAUUUUGUUUUGAGGGUUUUUUUUGCUAUUCCGAACUACGCGGCUCUCAGAGCAGUUACUGGGCUAACGUUAAAGGAAGAAUUAGUUUCAGACCUGGACACCAGCUGACAUACACAACUGUUCUUGUCAUGAAAUCAAACCAAAUGACCACAAGAAUACUGUUGGAAAGAGAAAAUAAUAAGGCUGACUGCAUUAUUUAUAAAUUUCAGGAGUUUGAUCAAUGGUCACCAUGAUCUUAAGAAUCUCUUUGCUUUUGUCAAAGAGGAUACAUGCAGCAUCGGUCCUGUCAGGUGUUACUUGGGAAUGGUAUGGUGAGACUCCAUUUCCUGCUGGGCGCUGCAACACUCUCAUUGCUGUGCAAGUCCUUAAAGCUUUGUCCGGUCUGUAUCUGGUCCUCCUUUUCCUUUGCCAUUGCUAUACUUGUAUCGCCAGGAAACCUCAUUUCAUUUAGUUUGCUAUGCUUUGUCAGGUGAGUACUACACUAUAUAAUGUGUUUGUUUCUCUGCGUUCUCUGGGGGUGCCUUGAACACAAUUAAAGCUCAUCGCAAGCUGAUUCUGGAACAAAAAGGUAGUGAAAUAAAAAGGGAAAAAAAAGAGAGAGAGGAAAAAAAAAAACACAAGACAGAAAACAAGCAAAACAAAAGCAAAAAAUGUUGGCUGUGUUAUCAGGAGAUCCCAGUAUUUAUAUCACGGACUUCCUAAUGUGAUGACUCAGGCGUCAGAGUUUGAUGCUGCAGUAUAAAACUAUUAUUUUAUAUAUUGUACAAGUAAUUUAUUAAAUGUCUUUCUAAGGGUAUAUGCUGCUUUUAAGAUGCACUAUAUUUUUGGAUCUAAUCCUUGUAUUAUUUUUUUUUUUCCCAAGGAAGUAAAAUGUGCUGCAAAGGCAAGCCACAGUGAUUAGUAUGCUAACUGCUACUUCUCUUGUCAAAGGAGAGUGGGAACUAGAUAUGUAACUUUGCUAAAUGGAUUAACUGCUGCCAGAGAAAUGAUUAAUGCUGAUAGUGUGGUUGUUAAUCUGCAGCCCAACACUUUGUCAAGUCUGUAUUCUAAACAGUGGUUAAAUAGAAGUUAAAAUGCCUAGAUAUAUAGUUAGAUUUUUUUUAUGUGUAACUUUAUGGUUGCCUAGUAAAUAAAAUAAAUCUGCAUGCUGGAGUCAAUAUAGUCCUGUAAUAAUGAAAUCUGAUCCAUUAGGAGAAAGCACGGUGAAGUGUUGCAAUUCUAGAAUCAACACCACAUCCUCUCUUGUGUCUUGUAACCCACUGCUUUGGUAGCUAAAAAAGAGAGGAGUGGGCUUGCAGAAUAGAAGCCCUUUAGUGAAUUUUGCAGGGAGAUGAAGUGAACAUUUGGCAGGUUUACAGAAGCUCACAGUUUGCUCUACUUCAUGUCCUCUACCGUUGCAACAAGGAGUACUGCUUUCACCUUUUUCUUCUGAUCUGAGAUGUGUUUGGAGGUGCCUCUGGGUGAAGGCUGUAGCCCAUAGUUGCAGCGCUUUAAAAGUGUCUAUUUUAGGGCUGCCUAGAGAAGGUUUAGCUCAGUAUGAGCAGCGGAGCUUAUGGCCUUGCAUAAGAAGGGAGUAUGAUAAGUAUGGAGCAGUUUAUUUUUAUCGGAAGUGAGGUGAAACUAAAACCAUUAACAUAAAGAACUUCUGCUCUCUUUUCUGCUAGAAAUUUUCUCAACAGAUUUUUACUUCAUUUCAGUUUUGUCUCUGCCAACACAGUCCAAGUUAAUUAUAUAUACCUAUAUAUAAUACAUGUAUGUAUGUAUACAUACAUCUAUAAUUCUAGUCAGAGUGUGUGUUUGUGUAUUUUCCUGUUUAUAAUACAUAUAUGUAUAUUUAUAAUACUCCUUGGAGUAUUUCAUGACUCAGGCAUCAGAUCUGAUGCUGUAGAAUACAAUAUAUGUGUAUAUGCAUAUGUUCAAAUACUGUCUGUAUAUUUAAAAGAUCUGGUGGUGGUGGUGUGUAGAAUAAUUACUCCCUUUAUCCUCAAAAUUUUAAUGGCAUUACUUGCAAAGACUAAGUGCACAGUAUUUUCCUACACUCCACCAAGAUAGGUAUUAUUUAUAUCGAAGUCAAAUAUUGUUAUGCAUUUUAAGGUAUGACACGGAUAACAUUGCGAUUUUUGCAAAUGAAAUUGCUUUUUGGCAGGAAGGAAUGCUAAAAAUGCCUUUUUAUAAAGUCAUUACCCCAACCAAAUCACUGCUGAAAAGCCAAGUAGAUGACUCCUGUUCUUGUAUGAAUUUUAGUGACUGUGGGCAGAGCCCUUUCUGUAGGUGAAAGUCACUGCAUGGUUCAUGCAGUGCCACUGUUGUCCCUUUUGGCUAAUUAAAGGCAUGCAGAGAGAAACAAGUAUCCUAAAAUAGAAAUGGCAACUGGCAGUGUUUGAUUUCAUUGAUUGCUUAGAAGCAGAGACAGUCUCAGGCUACGAACCCAAACGACCCCUCUGUUUUGAAGGGAGCCAAGUGGGUGCUGCAAUUGCCAGCUGUGCUCAUCCCUGCAACCGGAGGAGCCCACCUUCUGGGAUGUGGGCAGAGAAGGGGGCUCAUGCCGGGGGCUGUGUCUGGGAUCCCCUGCCCAGGCCAGCGUUACCCUUCAUUUGCAAUGUACCCAAGAGAAAUGUGCGUGAUUUCAAUCCUGUUCUCACUACUAGGUUUGCUCUGCCUGAAGCUAUCUGGAUCCCUCAGACCAGCAGGAAUGAUACUAAACACUUUGGUGAUAUUCAAUGCGUGGGUGUUUUACUCAUAGUUCCAAGCAUCACCUUUGAUUUCAAGGGUGGGAUUGCCAUAAGAGUUUGUUCCAGAACCAGUUGGUUACAAGUGCACCUCUUAUAUAUGCCUUACAAACUUCAGAGGCCAUAUUCAAAACAGGGUUUUAUCAGUGUAUGCAAGGGGGUGCAACCCCUCUUCUCUUCCUCCCCAGGUCAAACAGUAUGGACAGUUUUCACACAUAUCUACCUGUAUAACCCUCUGUACCUCUCAUAACUGGUCAAUGACUGUAACAGGUUACAUCAGGUGUUUUUUCUACAUACUUUUUACACAAAUUCUAUGCGAUUAAUGUAACUUAAUUCAAUGCAUCAUUUUAUUGUACUAGUUCUUAAGCUUGUCUUUAUUUUUUUUCUAGGUGACUGUGGUUUCUUGUGAUUUUUAUUGUAUAAAUAAAUGAGGUGGCUGUUGAUGCUUACUCUCUGUUACUAAGAAUUUUUACCUUUUUGGAAGAAAGCGUUGCUAUGAACUAAUGAAUUUAAAACAUCAUUUAGUCAUUGUAAAUACAGUAUUGUGCAAAAAACAAAAAUGAAAAAAAACACCCAACCCUUUUCAUUCAUUUGAAUUGCUAGUGUUAACUGAAUUUUGUCUAGACACCAUUUCUGUUGAUGAAAUAAAGACAUAUCAUUAUGUAUUGUAAAUC